GCUGCUGAAAAGUGCAUGACAGACACUUGAUCAAGCAUCAUGGCUGUCGUCUGGAAAAUUUCUGUCUUGUUCUUGUCCGUCAUAUGUGUCUCUCACUCCGUGACGUGUCCACCUCUCUGGUCAAAAUACGGUUCGAAAUGCUACCGCUUCUUCGGCCAGAGGAAAUCGUGGCACGAUGCUGAAAAGCACUGCCGUGGGUUCUUCAACAGUGACAGCCAAGGCCACCUUGCGACCAUCCGGGAUUCCAGCACCAACGACUUACUCCUUGAGAUGUGGAAAACUUCACUGAUUUCCAUUCAAAGCGAAGGGGAUCGUGUUUGGAUUGGGCUAAACGACCAAGUCGCAGAGGGUGCCUAUCGUUGGAUAUCAGAGGGGACACAAUCAAUCCGCUGGGGACAAAGACCACCGGAUGUCUGGCUUCCUGGCCAACCAGACGGAGGGGAGGGUGAGCAUUGCGUUGACUUCUGGAACAAUUCUGGCAAAAUAGGAUGGAAUGAUGAGAACUGCGCCAGAGAGAAUGCUUUUAUUUGCAUGAUGGGUGUCGGUAGUGACUGAUUAAUUGUAAGAACAGCAUUGUCGACUGACUGCACAACACCUACAUAAAAAAUACCACCCCCAGCAUCGACUUCAGACUUUCAUGUCUCGACUAUGCUAACUCUAUACAUUAAUACUUUGAAUGACAGACAGCUCCACAUCAGGAAGUUCAAUCACCAAGAGAAAUUCUUUUCACACAACAAUGUGUAAAUGCAUACUUCUGUUUGCUGUACCGUAAUUGCAUAAUAUACCUAAGAAAACCACAAACUUAAUUUUAAAGGCAAAAGUAUCUUUGGUUUAGCACCGUUAAUCACCGAUAAUACGGAGCAAAUAAGUAUGUCCACGCUGGAUGAAUGAUCCAUAAUAGGAAUACACUUUGAGAAACGUUACUGACAGUAACACAUCUUAAAUCAGGAUAAAACCUUUACAUUACCACUACUUCGAAAUGAAAUAUUUUUUCAAAUAUUAUGCUCUCCUCCACUGCUGGACGGAAGCUGCUGUGUAGGCUCCAAUUUAAAGUUUUUAUUGUCGUUAAUUUUAAGGGUGAUUAAAGGCAGUGGACACAUGGGAUUCAGACGUGUGGUUAAACUAGCCGUUAAUCCGAGCACCGCGGGUGUCCAAAACAUAAACAUCUACUCAAUAUAAUUAUCAGCAAAAAACCUUACUUGGUAAUGAGAAUGGGGAAAGGUUGAUAG